AUCUCUCUCUACGGUUUUUGAACGACCGUUUCUUCAACGUCCUCAAGAAUUCUAUAUUAUCCAUGAACCAAUUAAUUUAAUUAGUUGUGCUUAUGUGACCAAAAACUUUGAUUUUUUGAAUCAAAUUCCGUUACCUAAACCUACUGAUCCGAUCACUUUUGUACAUCAUUUCUCGCCUACUCUUAAUAAAAUUCUUGCUCCUCAUUACUAUAAUGAUGAUAAAACACAUUUUUGUGAAGGAUCAUUUUGGCUAAAAGAAUCAAGGUUUCUUUAUGAUUUAAUUAAGAACAUAACUGAAGAGGAGAUUGUUUUAGUAGAUGCUGAUGACUUACUUCGAGAACCGGAGAAAAUUUUGAGAAAAUAUUGUGAGAUGGUUAACGUAGAGUUUAAGAAAGAAAUACUAAAAUGGAAAGAAGAAAGGUCGAAUAUAUGGGAUUUAAAAUUGUUAGGUCCUAAUAUAGAUUAUUUGUGGCAUAAGAAUAUAAUGCAAAGCACAGGAUUUGACAAAUCAAUCAGUAAUGAUGAAGAAAUUGAAUAUCCUCAAUAUGUUUAUGACUUAAUUGCUAAAAGCAAACCUUAUUAUGAAUACUU